GCCGUCCCCUUAAAAAUCAGCUCCAAUUGGAAAAAAUUUCAGUCUUCAAUUUUAAUCGGAAUCUCAAAGAGUCAAAAUGCUGAGAAAGAUCUUAAGUUUCCAAAAUAAGAAUAUCUUCAAUGCUCUUAAAGUAACAUCGUCUGUUUCAAAGAACUUUGCUACUGAAGCAACAUUUGAGACCAAGGAUUACAAGUUGCAUUUAUUUGAUGAUGCCGGUCCACCGACUAAAGUUACUGUCACCAGAGAUGAUGCAUUACGGUUCUAUAAACAAAUGCUUACCAUCAGACGAUUUGAAACGGCUGCUGGCGCUAUGUAUAAGGAAAAAUUGAUCCGUGGGUUCUGUCAUUUAUAUAAUGGUCAAGAAGCUAUUUGCGUUGGCAUGUAUGGAGCAAUGAGGCCAAAUCUCGAUGACUUGAUAACCAGCUAUAGAUGUCACGGAUUCGCACACGUAAUGGGUGCUUCAGUUUCUGGAAUUUUAUGCGAACUUGUUGGUCACAUUGAUGGAACUCAGCGAGGCAAGGGAGGUUCAAUGCAUAUUUACGUUCCACAUUUCUAUGGUGGUAAUGGAAUCGUAGGUGCUCAGGUUCCGUUGGGUGCUGGUAUGGCUUUUGCACAUAAAUAUCGUGGAACAAAUGGAGUUGCAAUAGCAUUGUAUGGUGACGGUGCAUCAAAUCAAGGUCAAAUCUUUGAGGCCUUCAACAUGUCAAAAUUGUGGGAUAUUCCAAUGAUCUAUGUCUGUGAAAAUAACGGUUGGGGUAUGUCCACAUCGUCUGAACGUUCAACAGCAAAUACUGGGUACUACACACGCGGAGACAAUAUUCCAGGAAUUUGGUGUGAUGGUAUGGACGUACUUGCAGUCCGUGAAGCUACACGUUAUGCUAUUGAGCAUGCUGCAAGCGGUAAAGGCCCAGUAGUUAUGGAGUUGGCUACUUAUCGUUUCGUUGGUCACUCAAUGACAGAUCCAGGUUUAUAUAGAACCAGAGAUGAAGUACAAGAAAUGAGACAGAAACGUGAUCCAAUUACACAUUUCAAGGAGAAGAUCAUUGAGUCAGAAUUAGCAUCGGAAGAAGAAAUCAAGAAAUUAGAGGCCGAUGUAAAGAAAGAAGUUGAAGACGGUGUCAAAAAAGCAAAAGGUGAUCUUGGUGUCAACAUGGAUGAACUCACAUGGGAUAUUUAUGCUCAAGAUGACUAUCUUGUUGAUAUAAGAAAUACGGUUCCAUUCAAUACAUUGAAGCAUAAGCGCGUUGCCCAUCCACAAAAUUUAUAAAUAUCUAAAGUUGAAGAAGCUCCCUGUGCAUUUUAAGAGUUGAUGAUCUUUACAUCUUAUUUUAUCUAUUUUAUUAUUAUUAUCAUAUAGGUAUUUUUCCAUUCAAAAACACUUUUCGCAUUUAUCCGAACCAACGACUGCUCAUAUAAUUUUAUUUUUUCGUUACACGUUUUGUUGUUUGUUUGAGUUUAUUUUUAAAUUAUUAUGUGUUCGAAGAAGAAAAUGAAAAUGUUUUUGUACCCUUUUCUGCAUUUUGAUAAUCGCAUGUCAUAAAUAUAUCUCACUCAGGCCAUCGCUGAAUGAUAGUUCGUUCACAUGAAUGGGAAAAGAAUCAAAUUGAUGUUACAAAAAAAAAUUACAAAAAACAAAUUAAAUUAUUACCUAGCAUAUAUGGAAAUUUUAAAAAAAAUUAUACCAAAUGUAUUGAAUGAAUCUAAGUAAUGUCAUUAAUAAAGGAGUUACUAUAUUCCUGAAAACUUAGCUUU